CCAGUGUGUGUCUCUGGAUGGCUUAGAGUUGCCUUGGGUUCAAGGUUGUGAAUGUCAAUGCAAGAGUGUGAUAGACAAACACGGCUUGUUUCUUGAACGUCUUGCUUGCUGUCUUCAUUUUGGGGCCGGAGAUCAAGAGUGGAAGUCAUACCAGCGACCUGCCAUUUAGGUGUCGGACCCACGUGCAGUCACUCAACCUCACCCUCAUCAUCACCUUCACGGGCUCAUCUAUGAGAAGAACCCGCCUGUGGUUCAAUAAGAAUACUACCGUGGCCUGUACCGUCCCUUAUCUGAAUUUCGUCAACAGACACUGUGCAACACACAAGCAGUUCAUCGCCCCUCCAAGUCCAGGUCUUAUUUAUAUCCCCUGAGCCCCUGAGCAGUCCCCAAUCUGCAACCAACUAUCAUGGCCACGCAAGACCCCAAUUCCCACGAAUCAUGCCUCUCCAAAGAAGGCUGCUACGUAGCCCUGACCGAAUCCCCGCUCAACCUCCAAUCCAUCACCGACCGCGUCCGCUCCCCACAAGCAGGCGCCAUUGUCCUAUUCGCAGGUACGACCCGUGACUCCUUCGACGGCAAACCCGUCAAAGAACUGCAGUACACAGCCUACCAGCCACUAGCCCUCCGCACCAUGCUGGACAUCGCCACCGCUCUCAAAACCAAGCACGGACUGAAGGGAAUUGCCAUGAUCCACCGCCUGGGUGUGGUGCCCAUCGGCGAGGAGAGCAUCCUGAUCGCCGUGUCGGCGCCGCAUCGCCAGGCGGCCUGGAGAGCCGGGGAGGAAGCGCUCGAGGAGUGUAAGGCGCGGGUCGAGGUGUGGAAGAGGGAGGAGUUUGAGGCUGGAGAAGGGGUGUGGAGGGCGAAUCGGGAUGGGGUGAAGGGGGAGAGGAUCGGGUGAGGCCAACCAAGAGGCGAGGAACUGACAUUCAGGGCGCAAACAGGCAGGCUGCUUGAAAUAGGGAAUGAUACGGAAGUUGUCAAGUCAACGCAGUCCCUAUUGCCUCACCAGCCUCUACCUUCAGCUCAACUUAUCUAUGCCAGAGACUGAACUUGUAAGAGUCAGUACAGCCAUCAUCCCCCUCACCAUCAUACAAACCGCACGGAACCGUCCAUCACCUACAUCAGGUGUUCCGCUUCAAAGCGGACCAAGUCCACAGCACUUCCACCACCACUCACUCAUUCUAUUUUGUCGGCGAGGACUUCAGCGUAGGGUCUGGUACGCGCGGAUACGGUUUGGCCUCCGGCUUAGGCACCACUGGCCCAGCAACGCUCUUGCCUUUCUCGUCGUCGGGCAUCCUGAUAAUGGGUUGUCUGUUUCAGGUAGUACAAUUCGGGCGUCUCGGAG